AUGGAUUCAUCUGGUAAUCGCCUCACCGCCAUAUCUCCCGACAAUCAUCAGCCAUGGCUAUGGUUCAUGCACUUUUUCUCGAUGGCUUUUAUUGUUUUUGCUGCUUGCAUGAGAGCGUGGAUGAAAUGGAGGCAAGCUGCAUUGAGUGAUGCUCUUCUGUUUGCUGCGCACCUUCUAUAUAUUGGCUACUGGGUGGUCCUUCUAUUCUCGUUGAUCAGUGCGCUGGGCAAGUCCGAAAAUAUCACCACUACCCUCCAGGAGAGCAGGGCAGCAAAGCUGGUAUUUGCGAGCCGAAUAUUGCUGGCCAUCAUCCUCGGCGCAACGAAAGUAUCUACGAUGUACCUUAUUCGGGAGAUCUUCACCAGAGAUGCAACAAAGUGGUGGUUUCGAGCGAUUGUGGGAGCCGCAAUUGUUCAAGCAGCCUUCGGGGCUCUUCUACUGUCGGUCGAGUGCUCGCCAGCUCAAACACUUAAUGCAAGAAAUAAUGAUCACUGCUCUGGAAAUGAGGCCCGCUGGAUCGUCUUUACAGUGAUCGAAGCCCUUUUAGAAUGCCUGAUGGUCAUUCCUGUUGCGAUCAUCGUGAUGAGGCUGCAGACCAGCCUGCAGAAGAAGAUUUGGGCAAUCACCGUCUUUGUUUGCAGAUCAGUGGUAUGGGUUCCGAUGUGGAUGCACCUUGCCUUCUACCUUCGUUUCCUCCGAAGUGGCCGAAACAAUAUCGACAUUGUGCCCGCCAUGGUCACUGAGGAGCUCUGGGUAGCCCUGGCCCUGGUAUCAGCAUCCACACCAGUUUUGAUGCGCGUUGCCAAAAAAUUCACCACAUCCGGGAUUACUCUUAGCACGUCAAAGGCGUACGGUUCAAGGGGAAGCUCAAGUAAUCAAAGAAGGACAGGAUUCCGACCCGACGAUGUUACCAACUCAAGCCAGGUGGAUACUCAUAUGAUGAGGAAUAUGAACGAAGGGGCAUCUAUUGAAAGUAGAGGGGAGUCGCAAGUCGGGAUUUUACGUCAGGUCGACUUCCAGAUCUCGUCGGAGACCAAGGACACUACAUAA